AAAGAUUGAAUUUAGGUGCUAAUAACUUUAAGAUGAUCGCAAGUGAUGCAUUUCAUGAUUUGGGAGGUUUGGAGGUACUACGCAUGAGAGAUAAUUACAUGAUAGAGCUUCCAUCUGGAAUACUGGAUACCGGACCGAUGACUUCCAGGCUAAGAGUAUUUGAUGCUUCAAGGAACAAAAUCGCUACCAUUGGUGUGGAGGUAUUCCACAAGGGACUGGUGUCGCUGACAGAAGUGAACUUGUCCUAUAAUCGCCUGAAGACGUUUGAGCCAUGGCCAUACAUACUAGAUAUCCCUGUGUCAAGACCACGGCGGUUCAACCUUCAGCAUAAUAAUAUAUCUCGGUUGACCAACAACCUCGGAUGGACAAAGACCAGAGAAUUUCGCGGUAGUGUAGAUCUUAGAUACAACAGUUUCCGGCACUUCAGGAAGGAACAAUUCAGUCAAUACCUGGCUGGAGCUGAACCAACUGCUUUCGAUAUUGGAACGAUGUAUCUCAAUCUCAGUGACAAUCCAUGGUUCUGUGAUUGUGGAUUUCACUAUGCUGUCAAGAUAGCCACUGAAACCUUUUAUCUUAAAGCAGCUCUAGACUACUUUCAGUGUCAUGGUCCUGGUGAAUUUAAAGGAAAAUAUUUUUCAUAUUUCUUCGAUCAUCCAGACCAACUGAUUUGUAAUAUCACAGAAAGAUGUCCUGCUGACUGCAAGUGUCAAGACCGACCUCACGAUGGUUACAUACUAGUGGACUGCUCCAGGUCUGGAGAAUAUACCGACUUGCCACAGACUGUGCCUCCAGGGCCAUUGUUCCUUCAGCUGUCUCAUAACGAAAUAUCUACAUUGUCUCACAGAGACUAUCUACAAAAUAUCACGCGUCUUGAUGUGUCUUCAAAUAACAUUUUACUCUUGAAAAAUUCCUUUCUCGAGAAAGUACCAAGUUUGGAACAUAUUGACAUUAGAAACAACAGUUUAAAGACCUUGCCUCCCAAAAUUCAAACCUUUAGUGUCUCAUCUGUCAAGUUCAGUGGAAACCCUCUCGUCUGCUCAUGUGACACUAUUUGGAUAAAUGAUUGGAUACGACGUAAUUCUGAGAACAUGUCUUCUGACUCCCUGUCCCAUCACUUGUGCUACCAUAAUGGACGUCAUUUACGUCUUGUGGAUGUGACUGGGAACUCUCUUGUCUGCUAUCGAGAUAUCGCCAUUAUUGUUAGUGUGGUGCUUGGAGUGUUGCUUCUCAUUCUCAUUAUUUGUACUGUCGUCUGCUGCAAGCGGAAAUACGAGUGUAAAGUAUUGAUGUAUAACUACUUCCGUGUUCAUCCAUUUGACCACGCGUCUUGUGACAAGGCUGACGAUGCAACUAAAAGACACGAUGUCUACAUAUCCAUAGACAGGGAAAACGAAGACAUCAGGCUUUGGGUGAAAGAUAAACUUUUGAAACAACUGGAAAAACAGAAAAAGUCCCGUCCAGUAUACAAAGUGUAUUACCCCUGUCGUCAGGACGAUUUUGGGGAUAGUAUAGCAGAUCAGAUGGUGGAAAACAUCAACAAAAGUAGAAGAGUUCUUGCUAUUGUAAAUAGUUCAUAUGUGAAAAACGGCUGGUCCAUAGAAGAAUUCGACUUCGCUCAUCGUCUUAUGGAAGAAACUAAAUCAGGUCGUCUGCUCGUUUUAAUACACGGUGACCUUGACCUCUCUACUGUGACACAGGAGCCGCUGAAGACCUACCUGAGUGGUCGUCAAUGUCUGAAUGUCUCUGACCGGUGGUUGUGGAGGAAACUAAGGUACGAACUGCCCCAAAGACCUCGAACCAACCCGACUUCUGCGUCAAGGGAGAGCCUCACGAGUGGUUUCAGUAGCAUUCACGCCUCUCUGUCCGAGAGUAGUGGCAUAUCCGAGAACCAGAUGGACAAUCCAAAUUUUGUGACGACCGGUGUGGUGUAGCCGUAGUGACAUUGACUUGAAUGCUGCUUUGUAGUUCAUACUAAUCUGUGUGUGGUAAGAAUGGUGUGGAAUAAAUGUGACAUUUUUA